UCUAAUUAUUUUUCUCUUUUUUUUCCUAAACUUUUCCCAUUACCCUCAUGGCUGUGUCUUGCGCGGUUAGAUUUGUUUCUUAUCAUCUACUGGCAACUGCCUCUUCUCGCCUGGUACCCUCCAUUAGUACGAAAGCAGCCCCGAGUCUCGUUUCAUUGCAAAGGAGCAGACUCUACUCUAGCAGUGCCCCAUCUUCAAACUAUCGUUUCACUAAAUCUCACGAAUGGGUAUCCUUAGAAGGAGACGUGGCGACUGUUGGAAUCUCUGACCACGCCCAGGAUUCACUUGGGGAAGCUGUUUACGUUGAUAUGCCGGAUGUUGGAACAAGCUUUAAUCAAGGAGAUGUAUUUGGGACAGUUGAGAGUGUUAAAGCUGCUGCUGAUCUGUAUGCUCCUGUUGGAGGAGAAGUGACUGAGAUCAACGGGUCAUUGACCGAAUCACCAAGUCUUGUCAAUGGAAGCCCUUAUAAUGAAGGUUGGAUUGUUAAGUUGAAAGUGCCUUCUGACGGCGAGUAUAAUAAGUUGAUGUCUCCUGAAGAUUAUAAUGCUUUCCUUGAAACAGAAAAUUAAGUCAAUUUUCAAUGACAGCAAUAAUGAGAAAUUGUAGACUUAAUUUAAAAUUAUUGUCAAUUAGCAUGAUUAUCCUCCAGCCAA